ACGAUCGCAUCUGUCGUUUCGAGGGGAAAAAAAAGAAAAAAAGAAGAAGAAAAAAAAAAAGAAAAAGAGGUCAAAUGGACGAGGCAUUACUUUUUUCUAAACUAUCUUUCGUGAUUGGAUCAGUCUGAGGCAAACCUACCGCAAGUCUGGUAAACAAGAACGACCUUGAGAAAAGGGAUACGCAAACACGGAGAAAGAAUAAUAUUUAAUCUUAUUUUCAAUUUUCAUUUUGAAGGAAGAAUAACUUCAACCCAUCUCCUCUCGACGGCGUCUUCUGUUAAUUUAGGUUAUUAUCGUGAAGAAUAUUUACUCACAUUAAAAAAAAAAGAUUAUAGACCACAACAAACACACGGAAAUAAAGGAAAGGGAGAUCACCGGGAAAUUACGAAGCACUGGAUUUUCUCUUAAAGCAGGUGAAGACGACGUUUCCCCAAUCGUACGUAAUGACACAGUUGGCAGCCAUGUUAACCACGAGGAGGACAGUGACAAAGUUGGUACCCUUGAUCCUGCUGCUAGGCGUCUCAGAUGCCCAGUCAUCCCUGAACCUGUCACCAUCUUUAGGCAGCGGUGGCAUCACAUUCCCCCUGUUCUCCGGAGGUCACCAGAAAGACCAGUGGGCGGAGGAGUCCUCUCCAUCUUCCCACGUAGUCACUGUCGUUCCUCCCCCUAACAAGAUAAGCCCAUCACAGGAGUAUAAAAGCUUUUCUGGGAGCUUCUUCCAACCCCACGAUGUGAUCCACAGCAACAGUUCCAAGGCAGACUAUCUCACCAUGGAGAAAUAUCUAGCAGGCGGGGGGUAUCCUUCUUCUUCAGGGGGUGGCUACUCCCCAGGGAGUCCCCCAGGAACCUCGCAAUACUCCAGCGGCUCAAGGAACAACACCAGUCGCUUCUUCUCGCUGAAUACUGCCAGGCAAACUCUAGACCUAGGCAUCAGCUUCACUGUCCCGUUCCUGUCCAUCCCGAUGUCGUCAAUCAUGUCCAUUGGACAGAACUUCAGCGACAGCACGACCAGCGCCCUCAAUUCCCUCAUGGCCAUCAACUGGCCCUCUCUCCUCAUCAUCGGCGGGGCCAUUUUGGCUGCGAGCUUGCUCCUGCCCCAGCUGGCCUCCUGGAUCACCAGCGCCAUUGGAUCCUCAAGCAGUUCCUACACCACCUCCUCUUAUGGGAGGAUCAUGGACAGAGAAGGAGCGGUCCCCCUCCCAGUGGCUCCCUUCACGUCGAUUCUGAACCAGCUGGACGACGCCUUGGCCCAGUACGACCUCGACUCGACGUCGUGCAUGCAGAGGGCCGUGUGUUCGUACGUGGCCGGAUCAGAGGAAAGCGUCCAGGAGGGCGAUGCGGACGCAUCCGAACUCAUUGUCAGCGGAUUAGCCAGGAGUUCCUGGAUGCAGUCCUUCAUAGGGCAGGGCUCGAUAGCCAAGGCUGUCGAACUGGGUCGAAAACAGGGCCACUGUCACAGGCAGUUCCCGAAGUGUCCGUUCUCUCUGCCUGGAGUCAUGAGAUUCCUCAUCGACUACGCUUCCCUCAUUCCGUCCGGUAACUGACGAGUUGAAUGUCUGCGCAUUUAUAUACCAUUGCUACGUACCUCAUUCCUUAUAUAUCAUCCUGCUUUCUCGUUGGACGAGUCGGUUACGUUCUCGACUACCGAUCUCAGUGUCCGGCUUCCAUUCUCCGCUCUGCCAACGCGACGUCAGAGGAAUUUUAUAUCUGGUGAUAGGAAUGCCUUUCUCGAUGUGGUUCGGAUCCCACUACAAUAAGCUGUAUGUAACCAGUUGGUUCCUAGCCACGUCAAAAAUUCCUAAUCCUGCGGGCCAGCCCUAGGAGGAGAGCUGUUGAUCAGCUCAGUGGUCUGGUAAAACUAAGAUGUACUUAACUUGUAUAUUAUCCUUGAUAUGUUAAGACGUAAUAUCGUUUUU